AUGGAUUUUGCUGAUCCAAUCUCCAAGAUCCUAGGAGAGCUGGUUGGAUCAACCAAUAAUUGGUUUCAUAGAAUCGGAUCGAUCAGUGCCAAUUCUGAGCAAUAUUGAUUGAGAAACAAUUGGGUUCAUAGAACUGGAUUAAUUUGUGACAAUGCUGAACCAGAUUGAUUGGGCCAAUGUCUGAUGAAAGCCUAUCCAUAACUAGCUGAACAGGUUUAAUUGAUCUGGGCUGUGAUCCUCUAAAUUUUUUUUGCUUGAAUCUAACAUUUGUGACCACUCUCUUGUCUGGGUCCCACGAGAGGUGUCAUUUGGGCUGGCUUGGGGUGGGCCUGAAGGGAUAUUCGGACUAGUAGCUGUUCGAAGUGUGAGCUCAGUUCUGGAAAAGUCAGGAAAGGAAGAGCAUGGGUUUUUCCUUUCGAAUACAAUGAUGGACCAAUUUUUCAGGUCUUCUCAGUGGGUUGUGCACCAAGGGUGUAUUGAUCAUGUAAGCGAAUGAUGAUAAUGAUCUCGUUUCUGUGCAGAUACGCUAUUUUAUUUCUUUUUUUUGCUUUAAUCUGUCAGUGAAUAUCUCAUCUCAUCUCAAGUCAAGCAUUGAAUUAAUGAUAGACUUUUAAUAAUGUUUAUCAUAUUACAUCAAAUAUCAGUUAUAACUAGUUUUUGAUAUAUUGUUGAUGCUGCUAGUUUCCCCUUCCUUAAUGGAGUCCAUGAAAAAGUUAUAUUGAAUUGUAGGUUACUUUUUUAAGUUCUUAUUGCUGCUGUUUGUCCUUCAGAGGGGUAGUGAUGAUUUUGGGGGAGGAAGUGUGAAGAUAGCCCCAGAUGUUUAUCAUGCACUUUCGUGUGGGGAUCCUGUUGUUGCCCUGGAGUCCACAAUAAUUUCUCAUGGUAAAGUUUUUAAAUUAGUUGGUGAGAAGGUCACAUUUAAUACUUUAUGACUGAUAUCUUUUUUUUCCAUUCAGACCUUAUUUUGUAUGUUUGAUCACACUAUGAUAGAGAUUACCUUAUUUUGUAAAUAGCACAAGUAUAUGGUUAAAUACUUGCGGGUUAAUUUUCAUUUUCUUGCCACUAUAUUCAGGCAUGCCAUAUCCACAAAAUUUGCAGACCGCAAGAGAAGUUGAAGCAGUUAUUCGGGAAAAUGGUGCUAUUCCAGCAACAAUUGCUAUUCUUGAUGGUGUCCCGUGUAUUGGUAUAUCUUCUCGCAUUGUCAUGCGAUUAUUCAUGAUGUGGGAGCUAAAUGUUAUCUUUUAUUUCCAUGUGAAUGUUUAGUAGCAAAUUGUGCGUCUAUUCAUUUUUUUCUGUUGAAAUUGAUUGUUUUAUUAAAGAGAAGGCAUUUUUGGAAGAGAUGUUAAAAUCUUCAGUUAUUAACUCUAUGGGGUGAUCAUUGGGGAUUUCAUGGAGGAUCUAAUUUUCUGUUGUUUUUUUUAUAUGAAAUAUGAAACGGAGAAGGAUAGAUUACGGAUUCAUAUUUUCACUUAGUUUUCUAAUAAAUUAUUUAACUAAUAUUAUUUCUUCUAGAGUCUGGCGUGUGUUGAAGGAAAUAACAUGCAAUAAACUAGUCAUGUAUUGAUAGAAAUUCAGAACUCGAGAAGGUUUUUUUAAUGUAUUGUUACUUAAUGUUGAAAACUCCCUGACCAGGUUACUUAGUGUCCUUUAUGUGGAAUUUUAUUACAACACAAUGAUUGCUUUUCUCUGUUCAUUCAAUAACUACAAGGCUUAAGUACAAAAAAAUGUUCUGCUAGGGAUGGAGAAGACUUAAGGCUGGUGGAUAUACCACAAUAUCAAUAUUCACAAUUGUUGUCUGUGUGCCGCUUACUUCUUUUUCUUUUCCUGACAUCUUUAUUUCAAAUCCAAAUAUGAUUUUUAUAUACAUUACUGAGGCUCCUGGUAGGUCUGAGUGAGGAGGAACUAGAGAAGCUUGCAAGCCUUGGCAGAAAAGCUCAGAAGACAGGACGAAGAGAUAUAUCACAAGUAGUGAGUAGCAUGAUUUUCCUCAAUCUCUUUGUAGCUUGAAGCGUUUAAUAACUCAAUUUUUAUUACCAUAAAAUUAAAAAUAAUAUCGGGAUGGUUUGUGAUAUUUGACAUUCUUCAACUGAAAAAUAACGGUUUCCCUGUUCUUUUCACAAGAUUCUUGUCCACUUGUCUUGGUGUUGACUUUGAGUAACCCUAAAAAUCAAGUUGGCUCUAGCAGCACUUGCCCUCGGUGAUUUCAUCUGGUAAAGUUUUGGUACCCAUGUUUUUCACCGGUUUUAUCACGCAGGUCAGCCUGAUAUGGCUUCAAUACCCAUCUUUUUGUGGCUUUAGGUGUGGAUUUUUAGGCAAGAUCCUCCUCUUCAGUUCUAGUGUCUUCAUGGAUGUUAGUUACACUUAGAUACUUGUACUUCUAAAGCUAUCUAUAACUUAGCAUCUCUGUUUAAAAAUUACAAGUAAAAAUAGUAAAAUUGAAUAGGUUUUCCAUGGGAGUACAAACAAUUUGGGGCGAAUAUGUAUUAUCAUACAUUGAAAAAUACCAAUUUAGAAUGAUAUGCCUCAUCAAAUAGUUAAACUCUGAGUACAAUAUCAAAACGAAAAUGAUUGACAAAGUGGCUGGUUUACUUAUGUCUACUGCUGAAUUCAUUGCUCAUUUGACUGUUGGGUUUCAUGAUCUGUUUCAAAUGAUGGAUAGAUAUCUGUGUUUCCAAUAUAAAGCAUCACAAGAAGUAUCGCAGGGUCAGCUGAUCGCAUUUGUUCCUUCACUUAAAUCGUCUGGCUUUUUACCUUUUAUCACCCUUCCACCUUUUAUGAUCAGGUUUGAUUUGGAUGUGUUUAGCAUACAUUUAUCAAAAGAAUCAUCCAACAUUGUUCCGGCUGGGUCCAUCUUUGAAUGGAUCUUCAGAAACAUGAUUCUGCCUCACACAUCAUCAAGGCUUAUAAUCUAGUCUUAGUAUUUUUCCACCAUCAGUUGACAGUGAUCCUUUGGAUCGUUCGAUUGUAAUGAACAUCUUCUGUAUGCUCUCGGGAGCUGUUAUGCAACGACUGUGGGUUUUCUCCCAUAGAACAUUCAGGCUAUCGAGCAUCAGGUUCUUUCACCUAUUUGACUUCUGAGACGUGUUUCUACUUGCUUCUCCACUCCAGCUUCAAAUUAUUUCUGGGUGGAGUGUGUUUCUUGGACUCUAUCAUAUGGGAUGGACGCUCAGGAAUCUUUUAGACCAUUGGUAGCUUUAAUUGCUUAAUCCUUUCCUCAUCUCUUACCAUUUACGAACCUGGUUCCCAUGUCAUGCUGAAUAUGCGAUAAACAUAUUCAUGUUUAUUGCAUAUUUCAGCAUUACCUUUAAUUUCUGACCGACAAAAGUUAGCUAUCUACGCUACUUGACAGGUUGCAACUGGCAGAAAUGGUGCCACGACAGUUUCGGCGACCAUGUUUUUUGCCGCUAAGGUAAUUAACUUCCACCUUUGACGUAUACGACUUAACUUCUUUUCCUCAUAAGUUUAGGUUUACACACAUGCUGCAGGUCGGCAUACACAUAUUCGUCACGGGGGGCAUCGGAGGGGUACACCGACAUGGAGAACAAAGUACGACCAUUCAUUCUCAGGGCGUUCCUCAGACUCACACGUGCGAGAAGAUAAUAGAUGGAUCGAACUUGUUUUCGUCACCAUUAUGCUGUAGUCUAAAAUUUUGAUUAUAGACUGGACAUGCUCCUGAAUAUUUCCAUAGACCAUUGGAAAACGUGGGACCGUUGACCUGUUUCACAGAAGUGUGGGGUGUGUGGGAAUAAGUCAUAGCCUCUAGACUUCGUGUAGGGCCACCUUCAUGGGUUGGGGUCAGGUUAGGUAGCCAUUAUCAACUAAGAGCUAAUUUCAAAGUGAGUUCAACUUUUACUAAUACUUCUUUCGCUUAAUGGACUUUGCAGCAAUGGACAUAUCAUCAGAUCUGACCGAGCUUGGGCGCACUCCAGUGGCUGUUGUCUCAGCUGGUGUGAAAUCAAUAUUAGACAUUCCAAGAACUUUGGAAUUCCUGGUACGCACCACUUGCUACAUAAAGUUUGGUGACAAAAAUGGUUGCAUGGCUGGUAGUUAUUUGCAUGAAUUCCUUAAAUCAGAUAUCUUGGGGAUAUUAAAUCCAUUGGAACCCUGUAUGUACGGCCCGGUUGGACACAGAGGGCGUAGUUUUGGGAUCAUGUUGAGAAGCUUAGGAUACUCAGUCCUUUGAACAGCAUAAGCUACUCCAUGUGAGUGAUUAAAACAAUGACUGACCCUUAAUUUUACUCUCGCUGUUAGAUUAUGUAAUGCGCUAGGAACCUUUUUCUUAAGACACUGCUAUUUCUAAAUACAACAGGGGUUGACUUGAGAUGGGAGGGGGGGCCUUUCAGUAUCCAUUGCCAGGAACAGAUGCCCACUGGCGACUUCAACUUCCAAAUGGGGUCUAAACGACUCAGGAGAUCUGAAAGACCCAACAAUGGGUCGACAUUUUUACGUCUUCUCUCUGUGGGUUCAUGAUAAAAACGAUUCAGGGAUCAAAAAAUAUGAGAGAAACGCUGUAUAGUUUUCAUUGAAUUUUCUUUUCCUGAAAAUUAGUGGUGAAAAUAGGUUAAAGGGGAUCUGUUCCCCCUAAUGGAUCUUACAAUUCCCAUCAAAUUUAUGUGUUAUUCUCUUGUCUUCUGAUCCACAGGAAACUCAAGGAGUAACUGUGGCGGCAUACAAGACCCACGAGUUUCCUGCAUUUUUUACUGAAACGAGUGGAUGUCAGGUACGGAUUUAUUUUCACCUAUGAAAAUACUUUGAAAUUUUUUAAAUGAAACGUGAAAUGCUUCAUUCGAAGUGUCUAUGCAUAUACUUAGUCUAAAAGUUCCCUGAUUGUAUGAGCAUUGCGAGAAGGAUAAUGAAAAAAAUGUACCAUAUGAUCUUUAUAAAAUUAUUGUCUCUGGAUGGUUAGAGUUAUUCAUUGCUUGCAUCCUCCGAUUCAGUGGGUUUAAGCUGUGUAAUAUCUGAAUAAUCCUUUUGAGAUCCUCUGACAUCAUCUGCUAUUAGAUUUUGAACCCUGCGGAUUCUUUUUAAGCCGGUAUAUUACUCCGACACUACUCAUCCAUUUCCUGAGACCAGACUCUUUUCGCCGGACGGUCCCGUUUCCAUUUAUAGCAAAAACCUUUAGUCUGUGAUGUAAUAAUCUCUUCAUAGUUUCUAAUUUAUAUCAGAGAGUGUCCAAUGCACCACAUGUUUGGAGUUCUAUGAAAUGGGUCUGUUCUUACAAAAGGCCUUUGCCUGUAGAUUCGCAUAGUCAGUCAUCGCUGAGGUAGCCAAAUAUGAUUUGACUUCAUUUGUUUAUUUUCACUCCAAGUUCUCCAAGGGCACUUAAUUUUUUAGAAAUAGAAGGGUUGCAAACCAGCGAGAGAGAGAGAGAGAGAGAGAGAGAGAGAGUUAACAGGAUAGUGGACCUGGUCUAUUCCAUUACUCCACCAUUUUUCAAAGUGUCAGUCUUUGAUGCUUAACUAUUUCAGGUUUCUUGUCGCAUGGACUCCCCUGAAGAAUGCGCCAAGCUCAUAGGUAACAUCAAUCCCUCUAACAUGGAAAAAUUAUGUCGAACGCUUUCUGAUAAUUCGAGGCAUCUCGAGGGACACUUUUUAUGGAUUUUUUUUUGCAGAUGCAAGCCUCACGCUUGGGCUUGGGAAUGGAACUCUAAUCGCCGUCCCAAUUCCAAGGGAGCACGCAGCUUCGGGGAAGUUGAUGGAGUCUGCUAUAUUGAAAGCCCUCGAAGAAGCAGAGUAUGGAACCUGUUUCUCUCUCUAUUUGGACUCUGUCUGGUGUGCCAGCAGGACUGGGAUGUCAACGGGCUGGGUCAGGCCGUUUGAGAGAGAGAGAGAGGGAGAGAGAGAAGUCGGGUCUAUUUUUCUCUCUAGGCGUGUUUUUGAGGCGGAGGUUCAAAAUAAUCUGAGCUAAUAUUUGGGCCGAGCCCAUUAACUUCCCUAAGAUUCGAGUUCAUUAACUGACGAUGUCCUGUUCUUUUGGUUCCAGAGCGGAGAAUAUCACCGGCAGUGCGGUAACUCCUUUCUUGCUAGCACGAGUGAAUGAACUGACAGGUGGAGAAUCAUUGGUAGCAAGUAUCCUACAUACCAGGAUCUUUAUUUGUGAUUAAUUUUAAUGCAUUUUAUUUAAUUUUAUCCCUUCAUGGUCAAUAUUAACCGGGUAUCAUCAGAUGCUACUCCAUCUUCUUCAUUCUCGUCUGCUUCCUUGACCUAGAUACAGACAUUGCCCUCGUCAAGAAUAAUGCCCUCGUUGGAGCCAAGAUUGCGGUGGCUCUGGCUGGGUUGAGGGGCGGGAGGAUUUCAACGGUGGGUCCCACCUAUUUCCUACAUCGCCUUAAUUUUUUCUCAGAUAUCUUAAGUAAAUAAUAAUUCGGAUUAUUUUUCUAAUAAAGUCAAUUUCCCAUCUUAUCAAAGAAUUCCCUUAGAAACGAUGGGCUAGGGGCCCCUUCAUCUCUCUCCGCUAAUGAGAAGAAUCUUAUCUUUGGCAGGUGAUCUGAAGCCAGGAUUAUCGAUCUGCCCUUAAAUAAGUACUUAUCUUGGUGGGUUUUAUUUUUCUGUUUUAUUACCCUUGUUUAAGGGAUAGAAAGAGAAGAGAUGGUCCAAGGCUGCCGUAAUUUCUUUGGACAUUGGCCAUUUUUUACCAUUUUUUACCAUUUUUUCCCUAAGCAGAGGUCAACGUUGACGAUUUACUUUGGCUCAACUUGGUCGAACCCUCUAUGAACUUGCCAUAUUUGUUUGUUUGUUUGUCUAGCUAGAGCUAGCGAGAGAGAGAGAGAGAGAGAGAGGUGUCGAUGUAAACGAUCUUGGGAUAAUUUAUCUGCUAGACUUAGGUGCUAGACUGUACAUGAGGUCUAGUUAGGCCCAGCUCAAAUUAAAGUGGCCCUUUGUUGUGGUUGGACCAGGAGCCUCGAGGAAUCCUCUAGGUUCGAGCGGGCCUGAGCCAUACACUCAAAUGUCCUUUUGGGCCCGGAAUUUACCCGGGUUCUCUAUUUUACGUGGAAAGGUUGAGUUUUUUUUAGCACAAAUUACCCAUCUUUAUUAUUCUUUUUGUUUUCUUUUCUAGAUGAGCGUACUGAUUGAUGACGAGAACUUUGAGCUGA